UUAAACCCAAAGGAAUGAUGAAUCUGCACAAGCUGUUAAGAACUGCCAGCAGCGUGAACGAAAGAGUCUCUGGCCCCAUGGCAGUUUCAGGAAUUAAAUCAACACUGAAGCUGAAGCCCCUCAAAGCACCCGCCUUUCACAAAAGAGAUAAAGAUUUACGAGGAGCUCUUCCAAGUCAUUUACAGCAUAAAGAUACGAAGCUGAGCUCUUCACAACUGGAAGCCUUCCGAAAUGCUUACAACUUCUUCACCAAGGAUAAGACUGGCAGUAUCGAUUCACAUGGAUUGAUGAGCACCUUAGCCAAACUCGGGAUGAAUCUAAACACAUAUGAUAUCUACAAUGAAUUAAAAUGUGCUGAUCUUGACAGAGACGGUAAGAUCAGCUUCUCAGACUUUGUAGGGGUGCUGACAGAUAAGAAACUCUUCCUCAAGGCUGUGGUUCCCGAAAAGAAACUGUGUUUGGAUUUAGCUAACAACCCCGGGAUCUUAUUAUUUGAAAUCCUAUCAAAACUUGUAGAGACUUCAUCCCUGCACAGAAAGGAUGUAAUAGAGCUAGUAAGCUAUUUCCGAAAAAAAUUCCAGGAAAGCCACUCUGAAAUGCCAUGGAGUCCGUAUGGGAGAAGGGGCUUUAGGCCAGAUAUAUGCACUCCUCCGCGCUCAAGCACUGCUGCCUUUGCCAAUUCUGCCAAGAUCUCGAUAAUGAAAGAAAAGGAUUUGUAUAAGUUUCUUGAAGUACUCAAGCGGUGUGAUCUCCCUACAGGUAGCCCGUACUCAAAAAUACCUGUCUUUCCGUUGUUCCCUGAUGUGGACGGGGUGGUGAUGGGAAAGCCAUUCAAAGACAUACAGAAGCUAGAGAUGCUGAGGAAAAAGGAACCUCUGAGUUUCUUCGAGGACUAUUUUUUCCAUAAAAGAGAUUGGAAAGCACAGGCCGCGGCUGUGAAGCCCAUCAGGUCCGCCUCAGGCUAUUCAGAUGACAUCCUAGCCCUCGACCACCUCUUCAAGAAGAAGCAGCACUGGACCGUGUCCGAUGCAGCGACCCUCAAACAGCACGUAAAGAGAGCCACAGAUGCCUAUAACUUAGGAAUUGCCCUCGAGCACCGGAAAGAAAUGCUGAAUCUUUGGAGAAAGAUCCGAGGGGAUUUGAUUGGGAUUGAGACCAACAACGAGUCCUUUUACAACACCUUCUCCACAUACACAUGGUCCUGGAACGUCUGCCAGGAGCUGCUUACCGCUAAGGACUUGCGGCUGCACGACAGCUAUGUGAACAAAAACUCCUCCAGCAAGUCUGGGUUGUCUUCCCCAUCAGACCUCAGCGAGUAUGACCUGGAGACAGGACGGAAAAGGAAACGGAAAGGUUUCAGAGGGUUUCGGCAAUGA